GUUCCGUGCUUCGGAAGCCGGCCAUCAGACAGCAGUGAAAGAAGACCCGCACAACACGGGGCCCAUCGAAGAGCGGCAUGAGUUCAAAAGCUUGCAGGAGCAAAUCAUCACCUUCAUCUACAACGACAACUACAUCAGGUCGCACUUCUUCGUGACGCCUGAGGGUGAGUCCAUGCUGGUCGUCGAAGUAGAAUCCGGUCCUGAGGCUGGCAAAAAACUUCCUAGCUGGCUGCUGCCUCGUGGCACCGCCGAGGAAAUGUGCUCUUGCAUGAAGCUGCUUGCAACCGGCUGA